AUAGUGAAAAGUGCGGCAUGAGAUAACAUUUUCCAUAGACUAUUAUUAAGAGCAAUUUCUCAGGAGCACCGUAUUAAGGAAUCCGGGAAUUCUUCCCUAGUGGAGUGGAACCAUGUACCUCUGGUUCCACGGAACUGGUUCCAGUUGGUUGUACAGGUCAGGGGGAGGAUCUGUAGAUAGACCGAGUCGACAAACUUUUACGUGCAGUGAGACAGAUUAUCUAUUUGAUCGCUCUUUGAACUUGACUUUGAGUGAGCGGUCGGACCUUAACGCAAUCCCGAGCAAGUAUUUCAUGCUCUUUCGGUAACAUUCAGUCUACGGCUCCAUUGAAUUGGAAGCCUGGGGCGAUUGUAUAAGAGAGCAUUUGACAUGGGCUGUGGAUAGUGAUAUUACUCGUCAGGGGUAGCUUUUUUAACCUCAAAGCAAGAAACUCUUUCUCAUUGGACCGAGUUAACGCACCUUCUAAGGGUAAAGAGUCGGCCACCUUCUAAGCGCAAAGAGGAACGAUCUACAAACUUUUCAUCUGGAUUUCUCUCUGCUGAAUCCGAGUAACAAUCGUCGGCAUCAGAAUGGGUUCCGAUAGCUGGGAGUGGUUCUGCGGUACAAAUAGCAGCGACCUGCCAUAUUUUGAUAACCAGUCCUGGUCCUAUGAUGGUGUGUUUGGUAAUCAGUGUUUGGUGGAUGCUUUUAUCGCUGGCACCCAGGCCGGAUUCUUUGUUCUUGCUCUCCUCGUUCUACUUCUCAUUGGAUGCUGCACGUCACACAGUAAUGUCCCAAAUCGGUUUUUGCUCCGUUACGUGACGCAUGGUCCUCGGUAUCUUGCUACCUUUGUCUUGGUGGUGAUAUCCGUAGCAUCUGUUGCUGAAGGUAUCCUCACGGAUAGCACCUACGUCAGCCAACCUACACAGCCCCAUCUAUACCUCACAGGUUUAUCGUCUGCGUUGAGCGGAGUCGUAUCCCUACUCUACUUCAGUCGCUUGGAGAAAUGGCGCGUUUGGAAGAUGUCGUUUCUUCUCCUGCUCUACUGGGUGGUUUCCUUGGCAACGAUAGGCAUCCAUCUUGAGUUCCUUCUUUACCAUGGCUACAACGAUCUCCACGUGACAGCCUUUGAUAUCAGUAUCAUCCUGGUUGUUCUGUACAGCUUCUUCUUAGUUGUGGAGUUAUACUUCAUCGCGGACAGGUGGUUUGGUUGGAGUCCAAACGUGGACAAAGUCCCGCAUGACUUGAAGGAUGACCGGAUGUACUACAUGGAGUACUACGUCAACUUCUUCUCUCAACUUCUACAUUGGUGGCUCAACUGGCUGUUCAUCCUCGGGUUCAAGAAGCCCUUGGAGAUCGAUGACCUCGGAACCAUACCCGAGGUCCAUACCGCCGAGUACAACCACAGACGCUUCAAGAACAACCUCAAAAGAGAGAUAGAAAGAGCCAAAGAAGAAGGGCGGGAACCGAGUCUAUUCAAGGUGUACUUUGCUACCUACUGGGUUCGAAUGUUCACUGGUGCUGUUCUCAAGUUCGUCACUGACAUGGGGGCCUACGUCGGUCCCCUGGCCAUUGGUGGUAUUACCCUUUAUGUCACCAACACCCUCUAUGGUGAACAUGAUGAUGUCCCUCCUCACCCGGUUAGCGUCAGUGAAUUCUUCGCAGAUGGUUACGUACUCAUUGGCUGUAUAUUCGUCACUGCUCUCAUAAGGCAUAUGUGUGACCAAACCUAUCAGUUUAUUACAUCCAUGGAAGGCAUACAUGCUAGGUCGGCUCUCCAGAGUACGAUCUACGAGAAGUCUUUGAGACUGUCAACGUACGCCAUGUCGGGAGGGUUGAUGACUAUGGGACAGAUCACCAAUCACAUGUCUGUAGAUGCCAACAAUGUCAUGUUCUUCUUCAUGUUUGCUAACGAAGUCUGGGCAACCCCUUUCAAGCUCGUCGUGUCUGUAGUACUAUUAUAUCUGGAGCUUGGAACCCCAGCGUUGAUCGGUGCCAGUGUCUUUCUUGUCGUGAUACCAUUCCAAUUAGCAGCUGCUGUAGCAAUGGGAAAAUUCAUCAAAGCUGUCUUGGGUGCUGCGGACUACCGCCUGAAGAUGUCAAACGAAAUGCUCCAAGGAAUCAAGCUCUUGAAGCUGUAUGGAUGGGAGAGGAUAUACUACGAAGCGAUCAAGAAGGCCAGGAUCAAGGAACUCCAUGCUCUUCUGAAGGUGUAUGCUUUCUUCGCUGUGACCUUUAUCAUCAACAAUGCGACUCCAAUCAUUGUAACCCUUGUGUCUUUCGGAACGUACGAGCCGAUCACGGGCAAGGUCCUGACGCCCGACGUCGCCUUCACCACCCUCUCGCUCUUCAAUCAGAUGGCCGGUCCUCUCUUCAUGUUCCCCUUCGUCAUCAAUCUCCUCGUCAACUGGAUCGUGAGUACGGGACGCCUCAAGAAGUACCUCCUCGCACCCGAGGUCGAAGGCGCCGAUGGGGAGAUCAGCGACCUGCUCAAGGAAUUGGAAGAUGAAUAUGAUGACGUGACAGAUAGUGCGGAGAGCGCGUCGAGCACACACGACGACGAUCUUGCGGUGACGAUCAAGCAUUCCCGACACAGGAAGAACAGUCGGCACCGUAAAAAGACAGAUGAAGCCCAUGAACUCCCCGAUAAGACUCCAUUAUUAGGAGCUAAUGGAUCGCCAAGAGGAUCUCUUUCCUACGGAUCCACCAAUCCAAUCAAAAACGGAGAUACGUCAUUUACUAGUAGCGGAGGUGUCCAUGAUGACAUCGCAAUAAAGAUCUCGGAUGGGAGCUUCACUUGGGAUCCGGACUCUACUGAAGCUAUAUUGUCCGAUAUCAACGUCGAAAUACCAAAAGGCAAAUUGACAAUGGUUAUCGGAGCAGUUGGAUGCGGAAAGUCAUCCCUUCUCAGUGCCAUGUUGAAUGAAAUGACAACGCUCUCUGGAACCCUGAAGCACAACGGGAAGACGAGUUCCAUUGCAUAUGCCCCUCAAAAGGCAUGGCUGGUCAACGCUACACUUAAAGACAACGUCUUAUUUGGAGAAGAAAUGUCUUCUAGCAAAUACCGCAAAGUAAUCCAAGCAUGCGCUCUGCAGCCUGACAUAGACAUGUUACCGGGUAAAGACAUGACAGAGAUUGGUGAGAAAGGGAUCAACCUAAGCGGAGGACAGAAGCAACGGGUCAGUGUGAGCCGAUGUCUUUAUUCGGACAGAGAUGUCAUCAUAUUGGAUGAUCCUCUCUCUGCCCUUGAUAUGCACGUUGGUUCCCAUCUGUUUGAGAAAGGAAUCCAAGGCCUCCUGAUGAAGCAGAAGAAGACGGUCAUACUGGUUACCCAUCAGCUCCAGUAUCUACCGGAAGCAGAUAAAAUCAUCGUCAUGAAGGAUGGCCGCAUCAGUUGUCAGGGUACCCCAGAGGAAAUCGCCGAGGCUGACCCAUCCAUCAUGACAGAGUCCGAGAGAGCCAUCAAAGAAGUGACCGAAUCGGAGGCCGAAGGGUCGGGGGCCGAGUCCGAGACUGUGCUAAACGAAAGACGAGCACUCAAGAAACAGAUCUCAAGACAGAUGUCGAUUGGAAAGGAUGGGUCUGUUGAAAGAGGAGAUGAGAAAACGGGACGUUUAAUCGAGGAGGAGGAGAAGGAGAAAGGCUCGGUGUCUUACAAGAUGUACCUGUACUACUUCCGAGCUAUGGGUUACUGGAUCGCAUGUCUGAUGCUCGGUUGCGUCGCCCUUCGAGCUGGUCUUCAAGUCUCGACAAACUUCUGGCUCUCUGACUGGUCCGAGGCGGGUCUCAAUAUCACUGGGGACGCCAAAUCCACGAGUUACUAUUUGACAGGUUAUGCUGGUUUCUCGGUAUCUACUGUCUUCGGCUCAGUCCUGUCAAAUAUAUUCAGCUGUGUCGGUGCAUUGUUGGCAGCAAGAGCGAUACACUUUGCUCUCCUGCAAAAUAUCAUAGGAAUUCCAAUGAGAUUCUUUGAUACCACUCCCGUUGGACGCAUUCUCAAUCGACUCUCGAGUGACACACAAUGGAUUGAUCAGCGAUUGAUACACUCCUGCAACAUGCUUCUCAACACACUUGUCGCUGUGAUCGCUUCCUUUAUCGUUAAUGCCAUUGUCAAUUACUACUUCGUCAUAUUCCUCGUCCCCAUCGGCUUUAUCUUCAUGUGCAUUCUGGUCUAUUUCGUCGCAACAUCCAGAAUGUUGCAACGGUUGGAAAGCGUCACCAGAUCUCCAGUAUUUGCGCAUUUUUCGGAAACCCUUGGCGGUUUGCCAAUUAUCAGGGCUUAUCGGGAUGAAAAGAGGUUCUUUAAAGACAUUCUGGUGAAAAUAGACAAAAACAACACAGCAUUGGUGUAUUUGUACACAGCAAACAGAUGGUUAGCAAUUCGACUAGACUAUCUAGGAGCUGUCGUUGUUCUUAUUGCCAGUCUCAGUGCACUCUUGGGGGCUCUCUAUCUCGAUGUGGCAGCGAGUUUGGUUGGCCUUGCAAUCACAUACUCAUUAGAGAUUUCCAUCUACAUGAACAUGGUUGUCAGAGGAUGUGCUGAUUUGGAACUUCAGAUGAACGCGAUGGAAAGGAUCCGAUACUACACUGAAGUACCCAACGAAGAGUACGACGGAAUGGAGCCCCCACCGGAGUGGCCCCAGAAGGGUGAAAUAGUUCUUGAUAAUAUCAGUGUACGCUAUGCCGGGGAGCUCGAUCCUGUUUUACAUGACGUCUCGGUCACCAUACCCCCGGGGCAGAAGUUGGGGAUCUGUGGACGAACCGGAAGCGGAAAGUCAUCGUUGACCUUAUCUCUCUUCCGGAUCAUCGAUACUUUCAAAGGACGAAUCAUGGUUGAUGGGGUCGAUAUUGCAUCUGUUCCUCUCAUCACUCUCCGUCAAAGACUGUCCAUCAUCCCACAAGAUGCAGUCCUCUUUACUGGUACUAUCAGGCAUAACAUAGACCCAGCUGGUGUGAAGACCGAUGAUGAACUUUGGAAGGCUUUAGAGAUAGCUCAACUCAAAGAAGUCGUUUCACCAUUGGAAGGAGGAUUGGAUUACAUCGUGACGGAGGGUGGAGAGAAUUUUAGCGUAGGUCAGCGACAGCUCUUCUGCUUAGCCCGGGCCUUCCUCCGUAACUCGACCAUUUUGGUCAUGGAUGAAGCUACUGCUUCAAUUGAUCAAGAAACUGAUCGCAUCUUACAAGACGUUGUAGCUGAUGUAUUCCAAGAUAGGACUGUCAUCACAAUCGCGCAUCGGGUAGGCACGAUCUUGGACUCUGAUAACAUUCUUACUCUUAGUGACGGUCGCGUCGUCGAGUUCGACUCACCGAACGCACUCCUUGAAAAAGAAGACAGCGUAUUCGCGUCGCUGGUCAAAGCUGGCAAAUGAUGACUUUUCCUACAAAUCAUUUCGACUGGUUUGCUUUUGUAUUUGUGCACUGAUCACGUGUUGCUGAUUAUUCAAAUUUGAUGUAUUAUUACUAAUGCCUGCCAUCAAUUGCCAUGGUUUGUAAUUCAAGUUCUUACAAUUCUGGUAUGUUCUAUUCAUCAAAGCUAUAAUAGGAUUUAGUAAUAAGACUAUCUUUGCACCGGCCACUUGUCCAACAACCUUGUGAUAACAACAGUAUAACUCCAUAAAUAAGUGAAAGUGAAUUUUUUGUUUUAAAUGAAGGAGAGCUUGCUUUAAUAUAUAUUCUAAAUGAGUAUCAUAGCCAUGGGGUGUUUUCCUUCAGCAAGAAAUUCAUCCACACUGUGCUGCACUCAUCCCAAGUGAGCCGGUGAAUGGGUACCCGGCAGGAUUAAUUCCUUGAAUGCACGAGAGCUGAAAGGCAGCUCGAGCUAAAACUGGGGUAAUAACAAUAACAAUGCGCCUCGGAAUAGAUUGUUUCUAGAUAGAUGGCGCUACACAAAUCCCAAUUAUUAAUGUUAUUAUUGUUACUUCUGAAUUUACUGUGAAUUAGAAAGUUAAAACUUUGUAUUACAUUCUAUGAAUCCAUACCUAUGGUGUAGGUAGAUUUUGCUUGAAUAUGAAAAUUGUCAAAAAUAAUUUUGUGGAAGAAAUUGUUGAUAGAAUUUGUGUACAGUUUCAAUGAAAAGUGCAAUUACAGGGAUUUAUCCAUUUUGUUGAUAUGUGUAUAUCGGAGACUGAAUAAUCGAUUAUUACUGAAUGAAACAUAUUUCUAGUAUCAGUAUGUGUAAAGUUCCUUAAAUUAAUAAAGCGGGGAAUGCUCUUUUUUCCUAAUUAUAAAUAUAAUUCUUUUUUAUGAUUAUCAUGGGGCAUAUCUACAUGAUCUGGCAGUUUUUGUCAUUAUAGCAGUAUUUUUAUUCGUAUAUUUUCUUUCGCAUUUUUGUUCGUUUUAACUUGAAAUAUUAUUUUAUAAUUUGCGUACAACACAUAUGUACCAACAGAUUUUAUCUGAAAUGUUUUUAGAAAGCAAUUAUCAUUUAUUCAGUAAGCUAUUUGACAUAUUUGAUGGAACAAUAUGGAGAUGGGGACAAAAAAAUUAGGUCAAUAGGUUAUGCUAUCCAACUUUUUUUUCAUAAUAAAUACUAGUGAUGAUAUAUUUA